AUGACUUUUAACCGUGAAUCAAUUGGCAAGAUCAAGCAAGGCAAAUUCAGCUUUGUCUAUCUGAGCCCUGAGGUCUUUCUCAACAGUUUGCUGUUUACAGAGCUUUUCUCUAGUGAUGCAUUUCAGGCUAUCCUGGCCUUAAUUGUGGUGGACGAGGCACAUAUGGUCUACUUGUGGGGCCUCGUGGCUUCAAAACAAAGCAAGACACUUAUCAUCUUUGCGUGUCUGGAAGACCAAGCAAUAUUCUGGCCGGCUUACGGACAUAUAGGAACUCGCUUGAUGGCUACCGACAAUAUCCCACUGCUCCUCCUCUUUGCCACCUGCCGCCCGGAGGCAGUCUCCGCAAUCACGACAAGCUUGAUGCUGCAACCAAGCGAGCUCUCCAUGAUUGACGAGCGGGCCAUAGGCAACUUCGAUCAGGUGGCCUUGCCGGUGAUAUCUGCAACCAUGGCUCUGGGCCUAGUUCAGAAUCUCAAGCGUGUGAGAUGUGUCAUUCAAAUGGGCCAAGGUGAUCCGGAAGCAAUAGUUCAGAUGGUCGGGUGUUGUGGUCGAGAUGGGAAUGUGGGGCUGGGGUUGCUAUUCAUGGAGCGCAUGCGCAAGAACGGGAAGAACAAUCUCAGUGAUUUCCCUAUUGGGGCCUAUCAGGAUGCACUGGCCGUGACACAGUGCUGCUUGAGGAUUGCACUCACUUUGGAUAACAAGUGA